AAUAAAUUAUAUUAAUUUAUAGUCAGGUGUUUCCGUACACUAUCGUUACACGUGAUCGAAGGAACACUAGAAGUUCUUUCCACUGUCCGGCAACUUCGCUUGAUAGCUUAAUGUGUUAAAGCUCUGGUCUGUUCAAACCGGUUCUUGUGGGUUCAAGAUUUGCAAGGUGAAAUUGUGCUGAAGUCACCAAAAACGUUGAUCUCCAUGGCAGGGGCGUGGCCAAACCCUGAAUUUUUCCUGAUAAAAGACAUUUCAUUGACUCUCAAGGAUGGUUCUAAGCUGGACGUGGACAGGUCGUUGGUAACCAGAGCGAUGCAAUAUUCGUCCACAUCAGGAUUUCCUGAACUUAUUAAGUGGGUUAAGGAUCUGCAGGAAAAGGUUCACAAACCGCCAACUUUGGAAAUCACAGACGAGAAUAAGCAGUUGGACAUCAUCAUUACAAACGGAAGUCAAGAUGGAAUCUGUAAAACACUGGAAGCCUGCGUGUCAGCUGGUGACAAUGUUCUGAUAGAGGUUCCUACAUACGCGGGCACCCUUGCCAUCCUGAAUCCGCUUAAGCCGAAGAUUCUUCCAGUGGAAUCUGAUAAAGACGGCAUCAUUCCUGGAAGUAUUCGCAGACACUUAUCAAAGUGGAACCCAGAGGAUUCCCAAAACCCAAAGAGCAGCAUUCCCAAAAUAUUACAUUGUGUGCCUAAUGGUGGAAACCCCACAGGAAGUCAGUUGACGUGGGAACGGAAGAAAGCUAUUUACAAACUUUGUCAGGACUAUGAUAUCAUCAUUAUGGAGGACGACCCGUAUUUCUAUCUUCAGUUCAGCAAGCCCUAUGUUCCAAGUUUUCUGUCAAUGGAUGUAGAUGGAAGAGUAAUGCGAUUUGACACAUUUACAAAAGUAAUGUCAUCAGGGAUGCGAAUUGGGUGUCUGAGUGGACCGAGGGCUUUGGUGAACAAAAUCAUCCAGCAUCAACAGGUGUCUGCAGUUCACUCCAGUGGGCUCUCUCAGGUGGCGCUGUUUACCAUACUCCAGGAAAUGGGUCACACUGGAUUUCUACAGCACUGUGACAAAGUGGCAGACUUCUAUAAGAGGCAGCGUGAUGCUUGUCUAGCCGCUGCUAACAAACAUUUGUCAGGUCUUGCCGAGUGGGUUGAACCUUCUGGUGGGAUGUUUGUGUGGUUAAAAUUACCACAGAUCAAGGACACAUAUAAGUUAAUAUGGGAGAAAGCUAGAGAGAAGGAGGUGCUCUUCGUUCCAGGCAACGCGUUCAUGAUUGAUUCGAGUGUUCCGUGUCAGUACCUGCGUUCUGCAUAUUCGCUAGUGUCUGCUGAAGACAUGGACAAGGCCUUUGAACGUCUUUCGGCAAUUAUUAAGGAAGAACUGAAACAGUAGUGAAUUAAAAUACAUGUUUAUUACACACUUAAGAGACAGAUCACGGCUUAAUAACAUCACUGGUCACUGAAAUGAGAAAUAUGAUUUUGAGCAACAUACAUCAUGCAAGUCAUCACGUUAUCAUGCUGAUUGUUGACACACAAAUCUGCUGAGAAAACCGGUAGUCAAAUUCAAGUUUAACUUAGCCAUGCUACCAAAAUAGUGAUAGAUCUACAUAAAUCAUAUUAAAUUAAUAAUGGAAUAUAUUUUCCAAAAUCACAGAUUCUGAUGAUUUGGCGAACAAUAGCUUAAAGCCUGAAAGUGCAUGUUAAAGAUUACAUUAUUACUGUUAACCAAUAGUAGUCAAAGUGGCAGCAGCAAUUUGCCUCGCUAUACAUCAAACAAAACGUCUAUAAUGUGCUGAGGUGUCAUUAAACACACCUGCAACAAGUUAGCACUGGGAUACGAAUUCAGCA